UGUCGGAUGGUCGCUCGUAGGGCGUAGACGUUACGAUCUUUCGCGCUGCGAGAAUUUUCCGUUUACAUGUGAUCCUAAAAAAUAAUAAUGUCCUCGGAGGAUGAUUUUAGGACCGACAUCUCAAUGUGGAUCGUAUAUUAUGUGCGAAUGAUGUGAUAAAAUUUUAUAAACAUUUUCUUUAAAAACAUUUUAUUAUUCGUAACGGAUUGUGUUGCAGGUGCCAUGUGUGUGCCUUUGCUUUUGCGAAAGUAUUAAAAAAUAAUAACAGUGCAAUGUGUGGCGUGGUUUUUUGAAAUUGGAACAUCAGAAAUCUGCGGCCAUGCCGAACACGGUGGGCAGCGCGUUCCAGUGGGACAAGCUCUCGCCGGCCGAGUUCCAGCAGCUGCAGGAGUUGGCCUCAUAUUCCACGAAGAAACUCCAGGACGUGCUCGGCGAGUUUUGCGAAGUUAAAAAGCAGAGUCCAGAUGGCGAUAUCGACUAUGAAGGGUUCCGGUGGUUCCUCGAUACCUUCCUCGAGGUGUCUACGCCUGAUGAACUCUCAAGACACCUGUUCUUAUCGUUCGUGCGGAGGGAUCGCCGGCCAGCUCUGCGGGAGAUGGCAGCCGCCAGCUCCACAGCCGCAUGCGCCGCCGUCACCGCACACGCCGAUCAUCAGGGCAAGCUAAGCCUGGCCUCGAAGAUCCAUGGGUUGGCGGAACGACUGCAGCAGCUAGGCAAGAGUUCUGGUGAUUCUGUCGAUGGAAGUGAUAAGGGUUCUCGGAGCAGAACAGGGAGUGUACACCCAAUGUUCACAGUGACAACCCACCCGUCAUACUCGUCGCACGAAUUAUGUCUGGACCGCCGCAAUGAGACCAGCCCAAGCCACAGCCAAAUGUCCAGGAACUCCAGUAGAAAGAGCAGUAACUCGUUGAGAGUCAAUCAGUCUACUAAGAUUGAAGAUUUCAAACAUCUCAUGCGACGGUCGUCUACAAUAGAAGUGCAUACAGCAAGAGUUUCUCUCAAGGACAUCGUUUGUUAUCUCUCACUGCUUGAAGCGGGUAGACCUGAAGACAAAUUAGAAUUCAUGUUCAGAUUAUAUGACACCGAUGGCAAUGGAGUGUUGGACACAAACGAAAUGGACUGCAUAGUGAAUCAGAUGAUGACCGUCGCAGAAUACCUUGGCUGGGAGACUUCGGAACUGAGGCCUAUCCUGCAAGAUAUGAUGGUAGAGAUAGACUACGAUGCUGACGGUACAGUUUCUCUCGACGAAUGGAAGAGAGGAGGUAUGACCACAAUCCCACUGCUUGUCCUGCUGGGUUUAGACACAAAUGUAAAAGAAGACGGUGAACACGCGUGGAGACUGAAACACUUCAGCAGACCAGCCUACUGCAAUCUAUGCCUGAAUAUGCUUGUGGGAUUGGGAAAGAAAGGACUUUGUUGUAUAUUCUGCAAGUUCACAGUGCACGAACGUUGCGUGCAGCGCGCGCCGGCGUCGUGUAUCGCCACCUACUCCAAGUCGAAACGCGCUUCUGCUGCGCUCGCGCAUCACUGGGUUGAAGGUAACUGCCACGGUAAAUGCGCAAGGUGUCGAAAGAAAAUCAAAGGAUACAACGGCAUCACUGGACUGCACUGUCGAUGGUGCCACAUAACUCUCCACAACAGGUGCGUGGGCAGCGCGGGCGGCGCGUGCACGCUCGGGCGCCACGCGCGCCACAUCCUGCCGCCCACCGCCAUCCGACCGCUCGUGCUGGACCGCCAGCGGUCACUGCCGCACCGGCCUAAUGCUGACCAGCAAACUCUACCCACCUCGAUAUCACUGCCAAUAUCAAUAUCCGCAUCAUCUGAAGAUAAGAAGGAGGUCCGAAAAGAACCGCGCGCGCCUCCAAUAUCCUUCCAAAUCACCCCACCUGACGGGAGCUGCCCGUUGUUAGUAUUCAUCAAUCCCAAGAGUGGGGGGCGGCAGGGUUCCAGAGUGCUGAGGAAGUUACAGUAUAUCCUUAAUCCGAGGCAGGUCCAUGAUAUUACUAAAGGAGGACCUAUGCAGGGUCUCCAGAUGUUCAAGGACGUGAGAGACUACAGGGUGAUCUGCUGUGGCGGCGAUGGGACUGUUGGCUGGGUGCUUGAGACCAUGGAUAAGGUUCAAAUGGAGACGCAGCCCGCCGUGGGAGUGAUACCGCUCGGUACUGGCAACGACUUGGCGAGGUGUCUGCGUUGGGGUGGCGGAUACGAAGGCGAAUCCAUCCAUAAGAUUCUGGACAAGAUAGCUCGCGCCAGCACCGUCAUGAUGGAUCGAUGGCAGAUCCACGUCGAAAAUUCUACAACCGAGUGCGACCAACUACAGAUGCCAGAUUCAGCACCGCACCCCACCACAGUACCAUACAAUAUCAUUAACAACUACUUCUCUGUUGGCGUUGAUGCAGCGAUCUGUGUUAAGUUUCACACGGAACGAGAGAGAAAUCCGGACAAAUUCAGCUCACGCAUGAAGAAUAAGCUGUGGUAUUUCGAAUUCGCUACCUCAGAGCAGUUUGCAGCCAGUUGCAAGAAUUUGCAUGAACAUAUUGACCUUGUGUGCGACGGUGCAUCUUUAGAACUGAACAAGGGUCCAGCGUUGCAAGGUGUUGCGCUGCUUAAUAUUCCAUACGCUCACGGCGGCUCCAACCUGUGGGGCUCUAGUGGUGCUCACAGGCGAGGAAGAUUUCCUGAUGCACAACAAGAUAUUGGAGACAAAUUAAUUGAAGUAAUUGGUUUGGAAAAUUGCCUCCACAUGGGACAAGUGAGAACAGGUCUUCGCGCAUCCGGCAGACGGCUGGCGCAGUGCAGUUCCAUAACCAUAACCACAAAACGAACAUUUCCCAUGCAGAUUGACGGGGAGCCGUGGAUGCAGCCGCCUUGCAAGAUAACUAUAACACAUAAGAAUCAAGUUCCGAUGUUGAUGGGACCAGCCCCCGAGAAGGGAAGAGGAUUUUUCAAACUUUUCUCACAUUGCUAACAACCCUAUUUCUCUUAUUAUGUUAUUUGAUUGUAUUCGAAUAUCACUACUAUACUGUUUAUUAAUUAUUAUUUUUUUCAUGGAAUGUAAUAUAAAGUGGAAUUUAAAUUUCGAAUUUCAUUAAAAUAUUAACUGCGAAUACAAAGUGUUACACACAAAUACGAAUGCACUUAGAAUUUUUUUUUUGAUAACUGCUUCUAUCAAUUUAAUUUUAUUUAAAUAUUUUCUAUCGUAAUACUUAAGUAAUUAUUGAUUUUUUAUUUACUUUAUCUAUGGAUGAUCUCAUCAGCCAUUUUUAAUAUUUCUGCGCUAAUUAAUGUUGGUAGUAAAUUUCGAAUCUUUAAAAACUUUUUAGUUUUCUUAUAAAUAUAGCUUAAGCGCUUGCAACCCGAACGUCCAAUUUGCUAACAUAAUUUAAAUUACAGUAUUAAAAGAUUUUGAAGCGUUUUUGUAAAUUAGCUAAUUAAGGUGAAAAUUAUGAAAAUCCUUUAGAUCUGAUUUUAUAUUAGGUGAAUUGUGUUUUGAGAAGGAACAAGCAAAUAUCACUGCGUAUUAUAAAAAUAUUACCCACCUUUUUUGUAAAAAAAUAUAUAUACAGUAUGAAAGAUGUUAUUCAAUUUUGAUGGUUGCAGUCAAAAUAUCAUCGCUCAAUGAAACCUAAAAAUAUUCUAAAUAACAAAACGAAACAGUUCACUCGCAAAUAAAAUAUUGAAAAGUAUUCAAAUAUGGAAUCGACGCGGUAAAUAUUGGUGACCCACGAAAAUCUUACGCGGUAAUUUAUCAUUGUUAAUUAUAAUAUUUGUCCCAAGACUCUCAAUACUAAAUGAGUAGUGCGGUUUGGACAUUGGACCCAGUUAUAGAGCUAUUAAGAAAAUAUAUAUACUCAUAUAAUAGGUAAUUCUUGUAACUAUUAUUAUUUAAUAUUUGGUAAAUAUAGUUUGGUCCCAAGAUAAUAUCAAAGGUAAAUGUAUUAAACUCCAUAGAGUACCCACAUGUCUGUCACCAAGACCGACCCAAAUUUAUGUGUAGGUAAAGAGGUGUAAUGGUUUUAAACCCAACUCAUAAUUUAUCUCAAAUUAUCUUUAAUAUUAUAAUUGUAAUUCUAGAAACAUAAUUAGUUGUUGUAUAUGUGUUAAUACGUGAAGACAUUAAAGUAUUUAUUUUUAAGGCUGAAUAUUAUAGCUGGAUGAAUUCAAAUCUGUUGCCAUGGAGUAUGAUGUUCUUUAUUUAUAAAUAUCGUAAUAUUGUAGAAGCCAAAUCCAAGUAAGUCAAGAUUCAAGACAGAGGUUUUUUAUAGGAGAUCCCUAGCAGGAUAUUAUUUGUUUUUAAUCAAUAUUGAAGAGCUUAGUCUUACGACUGAUUCUCUAUAAGGGUAUUGCGUUCUGGCUGAUAUUUUUGAUGACCAGGACGCCUAUGGAAUUCUUUGACCAGAUCAACCAAUAUAUUUAUAACUUUUCUAUAUUCGUAUACCAUACAAUUGGCAAUACUGUCUAAUUCCAGUUCCAUUUCUUUUAAAAUUAGUACUUGAAUUUAGUAAAUUAUUUAUUGCUUGAUUUUGGUUUCUAUAAACUAAAAACAAGUAGAUUAUAUAAUCAAAUUCGUGCCAAGAUGUAAAAAUUGAUACGUCCCGUAAAUCCUACGCCAGUUUAGUUCAUUUUUCUAUUUAUUUGUAAAUAUUUUUAUAUAGGAUUUUUAAUAUAUGCAUUUAUAUGAACGAAUAUAGAAUUUAUAUUAGUAGUUACUGAAGCGCAACACGAAAACUAAGCUAGUGACAUAUUAUUAUGUGGCACACGAUCGGAUAUGUCAUUUUCAAUUAAAUUUAAAUUAUGAAAAAAGGUCUUAUUUUAUUUAAUAUUGCAGAUAGCAGAUACUACGAAAAUCUAAAUGGCCCAUGAUAAAAAAUAUUAUUAAUUUCGACCGAACGCCGAUAUAUAUCGGGCCUUUAUUAUUAAGACAAACAUUAUUUGCUUCAUAGUCCUAAAUUAAUAUAUUAUACAUCUUUAAAAUUCUCUUUGUAUAUUUUUUUUCACUUAUUGAGCGUAAUUCUCACAAUAUAAUAGAUCCUAUUUUAAAUUCACAUUAUAAUCUUAGAUAUCAAUGUAAAUACAUUAUUUAAAUUUUAUAUGUAGCACUACAAAACGAUUGGACAUUCUUAUUCUUAUCAAUUUAUACGGUUAAAAUUAUUUGUUAUCGAUAUAUACCUAAUAAUUUAAAUAAUUAUACGAAUAUCACAAUAUCGUUUUACAUAUUUAAUUAUUAAAAGCUAUGAUACUGUUUUGUCGCAACGUUCGCUUACGUACGUAUCUGUACGGAUCUGUACGACUUGCCAUAUAUUGUCACAUGCGAGUGCACACGUGUUGCUCAGUACAACUUCUAUUAGCAUCAUUCUGUUUUGUUCGGAAUGUCAAUCGUUUUGUAAAAUAUAUAUGUUAAUCUGUCCGUGUAUGUGUUGGUGCUUUAAUAUUCUAGCGUUUAACAAAUAUGUGUUUGUUUAUUGGAUAUUGUUGUGGUGAUGGUGUUACUGAGAAUACUACGUUGAUGCCAUUGAAUUUAUUAAUAAUUAUUAAAUCAAAUUUUUAACCUGUCCUUCUUCUGUCCUGUCCUGUCUGUCUACUUCUUUAACCAAUAAUUAUUAAUUUUAAAUUCUUACCAAUAAUCAGAGCAAUUAUCAAAUUAACAAAAAAAAACUUGUUAUAAACGACUUGCUUUGAGAAUCCAAAUUCCUAUUUAAACGCUUAAAGCUACAAGCAUUUUUAAAAUAGUCUAAUCUUUACAUCUAUCUAUCUGUUCUAUCUGACUAUCGUUUCUGUUCUUUUUCUUUUUAAACUUCGCUAGGUGUGAUUUCUGUAGUCAUACAGUUUGAAAGCCGUGUAGAGCAACCAUGUACUAACAAAUAUUUGAUGUUAAUACAUUAAUAUACCUGCUGAUAUAGUUGGACUCUACACUGGCCAUUAGUAAAUUUAUCACUCUCCCUAAUGGCCUCAACGUAGUCCAAUAGAGUUGUUGAACUAUUCGUUGUACUGUUUAUAAUGUAAUGCUGAUUAUGUGUUAGAUUGCAGUACCGUGCUCUGUUGUAGUGUCUGGACUAUGGGGUGCGAUGUCUCUUAUAUCUACAUUUUGUCAGCAGGCUACAUUGCAAUACACGUUAGGGCAACAUUAUCUAUCAUCACUUGUGACUUCUUUACUUCUUGUUAUAGUUCUAAAAGUUGAUUACAUGCUUAUAGAGUGUAUACAGGGUGUAAUUUUUCACCUAAUACUAUGAUAUUUACAGUGAUUAUGCUCCACAUAAGUUUUGUUAAGAUUUGUUUUGGUUACAAAACAUAGUUUAACUGUCUACGAUAAUUUAGAUUCAAUAUAAGGAUAUCGCAUCUCCAAGGUCUCUGACAAUGGGUAUACGCACCGUAUCCGUAACAAUAGAUAGAAAUAAUGAAAAUUAUCGAAUUAUAAUAUCGGAUUAAAUAAGUAAAAGCUUAUUGCAUAGUUCAAAUAUACCUUAAUUAUAGUUUGAAUUAGAGAUUUUUAGUCUGAUUUCAUUCAUUUUAGUUUGUAUUUAGUGGAUAGUAUAAUUUAUUAUUCAGUUAUCUGUAGUAAUCUGCCUUUAAAUAUUUUAAUGUUUUUGUUUAACAAUGGUUCUCGUCUUGGGUACGAAUAAAUUUUAAUAUCUCCUAAGAAAAAUUGCCUAAGUAUAUGUCAAGUCUAUCAUAAUCAGGGUAUGUAUGUGAAAGUGUUUUGAAAUAAAACAUAUUUAAAACUUGCUAAAAUUUAAUUUGUAAUUUUUUAAUAAAAUUUUGAACACAGUAACAUUUUAAUUGCAAUAAAAUCGGACAGAAUAGUACAAAUUACCUUGAUUCGUAAAGGCAGAUUACUACGGAGUUUUCAAUAUCCUGACCAGGAUUUAUUAACUUAAGUAAUGUUUUAAGACUUUAAAAUUAAUCUUAUUUUAUAAAAUUCUGGUCGGUUUUAAAACAAAUGUGAGAUCAACGACGAAUACGAGUAAAUGGUUUCAGAAGUGACAAAAAAUAGACUACAUUAGUACUUUAAAAAAGAGUCAUUUUUAGGUUUUCAUAUUAUGUACACUAUAUACUGCCAAUCAUCAACGGCUUUAAAAUAUUAUUGACGGCUUCAAUUCUGAACGGCUUCGAAGUCGUUGAUCUUAGAUAUGUUGAGAAGAUAUUACUGUAGAUUUUUAAUUUAGCUUAUUAAAUGUCGGAAAGUACUGUUAAAUAGAUUUCUUGUUGAUAAGUUUAUUUUAUUUAAUGUUAAUAUGUGAAUAUGUGGACAUCGCGAUGAAACAAAUAAAAAAUCUGUGCCAGCUUUAAUAGUGUAAGGGAUAUAAAUUAUUAUUAUAUAUUGUUGUAAACGAAUAUAUGUGCAUUUGAAAAUGA